AUGAUUACAUCGUGUCCAAAAAGUCAAGAAACACCAAAGUUUUCAUUGAAUUCUUUUAGAAGGGGAAAUAUACCCAUUAAUGCAGUUCUUUCAAAUAAUAUACCUUCAGAAACACUUACACCAUUAAAAGAUCUAGCGAAGUAUAAAAAUAACAAUUUAAAUGACAACAACAAUACAAAUGACCUUAGGGAGCAUGUGAACCCAGAAAUGGAACAUUACAAGAGUGAAAUCAGUACCCUUCAGUCAACAGUAAUAGCUGGCCAUCUUAACUCCAAGAAUUUUUCAUGUGACUUCGAUGAAAAAGUUAAUGAACGCAAAGGAGCAACAUUUUCAAAUGAGGAAGUUUUCAAAAGGAAUGAAACUUUUGACAUUUUAACCUGUGAAUCUCCUGCAAAAUUAUUUCAAAGAAUGAAAACAAGGUCACUGCUAGCUACACAAAAGCAGUCACUUCCAGACAGUUCAUUGUUGGAGUUACAGAGGACUCAGAGAGAUGUGAUCUUGAGUCCUCUUUUAUCUGAGAGAAGCAAACUGGAUAAGACCUUUAUUUCUGGUUUUCCUGAUUGUCACAAAGUAUCAUCAGAAGAACGUUCACUUUCAGGAGGUGAACUUCCCAUUGCUUCAGGAAGGAAAGCAUCUUCCCAUGCCAAAGAGACUUCAAUGAAAAAUUUUCAGAAUAGUCUUUUUCUUCCAGUAAAACAAAAGAUCACAAAUCAGCAAGAAAAACAGUUUUGCCAUCAUAAUUUAACUUAUGAUAUCACAACUUCAAAAGAAAAACAUGAAAACAUUUCAACUUCAUUAAUCCUGAGUGAGGCGUUAACCAUGUCCAAAUCUGCCAGGCUCCUUCAAGAAGAUGAAAACAGAAUUACAAGUAUUGAAUUCAGCCAGUGUGAUACCCUUAUUUUGGAAAACAUUGAUGCUGAUGAUGAAAGAUCUCAAAGUCCUAAUGUUAUCAAUACUAACUGUGAACACGUUAACAUUGGCAGUCAAUUAUCAAAAUGUGACAAUGAAGUGCCUACAGAAGGAUUAUUAGAACCAGAAACGAGUAAAGGAAAUGAAAGAAAAAUCCCUGAGACUGUCCAACAGGGUACUACAUCAGAUAUGUGUAAAAAUUUGAUUACAACUCCUAAAACUCAUAGAAUAGCACCGGAGAAAAAAGUUUCUAAGGUUUCCACAAGUUUAUCACAUGCCAAUAAGAACACACUUGUUACCAAAAAAAAGGAAAUUUGUCUCCAGAAUUGGAUGAUUAGGAACAUGAAUAAUAACACUGCUGUAUGUGUAGAAGGAAAAUUGAUGGAUACUCCUGAUUUAUAUUGGCAUAGUAAUGCAAUUGUUGAACGUCUUGAUUACAACAAGCUUAAGACUUUAACAGGCAAUAUCUAUAUAUUAAAAGGAACAAUAGACACAGUUUCCAUGAAGGAAGCAGGAUUUCCAGCUAAUUUUACUAGGAAGUUUAUAUUUGGAUUUCCAAAAAACUGGAAACAAUAUGUUGAUGAUUUGUUACAAGAAUUAAGGACAUUUUCUAAGAAAGAAAAAAAAUCCAAAAUUGAUAAAGAAACAGAUAAAUAUGUCUUUGAAAUGAGGAUGAAGAAAAGUGAUACAUCAGAAGAAACAGAAUCAGAACCCCUUUCCAGAAGUGCCAGAAAUAAAAAUAGUACUUAUGAUGUUUCUGAAAACUGCUUUGAAGAACUGCCUCCUGGGUGUAUUGCUUUACCUAGAUCUUCAGAAUUUAACUUGUGUCCUAUUAAUAAACCUCAUAAAGUACCAUUAAAAUUGCGAUAUGGUGACUAUAAUAAUUGUGAUAAUCAAAUAAAUAUUACUUUCCAAACUGAAGGAAAAAACUGCUUGUAUAAAGAGGAAUCAACUGCAAAAAGUGAGAGUAAACAGAUGACUUCUCCAAAGAAAACCAGAAAUCAUGAAGCUAAAACAAAUGAAGCAAUAUUUAAAAGUCUAAAGAGAGUAAGAAACAAUGCAGUUAAAGACACCACCCAAGAGUUGAUUGAGUCCAGUGAUACACAGUCUUCAAGGGAGGAGUUUCUUUCAGAUACCGAAAAAAUGGAGUGUAUAAAUAAUAUAGAAAAGAAACUUUCUGUAGUGUUAACACCAAUGAAUUCUAAAAAAACUUUGGAGCAAAAAUGUAAGGAGCAUAAUUUGUCUAUUAGUACCAUAAAACGAAUCUCAGAACUUGCUUUGCCAAAGCAUAAAAUAGAAAAUGCUGGCUACAAAGCUCUCUUGAGGAAAAAUAAAAAUAAUCGAUUGUUAAGGUCUUUAGAAGUGACAUUUGGAAGUGGCUUAAUAUCCAGAAGUGAAGAUGAUGAAGAUACUGGCAUAUGUACUUCAAGCACCGUCAGCCAGAAGCUGAAAAUGCCAUCACCUCCAAAAGAGCAGAGUCCUACUUCUGAUCCUGAGAAAAAGAUUAAAAAGUCAUUAAGACUAAAGAGAAUUGAUCCUACUGUAAAUAUAUCAUCCCACAAAAGCCAAACCAAAGUGUUAGAGAUCUCUAGUCAAGAAAGUGAAACAGAAGAGGAUUCCAGGAAGAAAGUUCAUUUUGGCAUGAAAACAAGGCAGAAAAGUAGCAAGGAAACUCUAAUUGACCAGUCCAAAUGCAAAAGGAAAGAUACUAGGAAAAGCCCAGUGAUAUUAGAACAUGAAAGUGAAGAGAGUGAUAAGGAUUUUCACUCUAAGACAAAGAAAACUACCUCUUCUCCCAACAAAACUGUUCAGAAGACUAAUAAUAGGAGAAAGGUUUCAUCCGCACAGUUGAGGUCUAGAAAAACAAAGGAGCAGCCUUUGGAAAGUUUUCCAGGUUUAAUUAAAGAUGAUAACUGGACUGAGAAGGAAUUACAGAAACUUCAGGGGGCUUUGUCAACUGUGCCAAAACAAAAACAUGGUUACUGGUUAAAUGGAACCCCAUUUGGGUCUUCUCCGACUGCUGAGGAAUGCCAGAAGAAACAUAUAGAAGAACAUCAAGGAAAAGGUUCUCGGAGACGUGCUAUCAAGAAAAUGGUACCCAACCCCAAAGUCUCAAAUGGCACAGGAGCUGAUACGGAUACAAGCCAACCUGUAAAGAUAACUGCUAGAGUAGGAACUCUAAAAAGGAAGCAGCAGAUGAGAGACUUCCUGGAACAACUGCCUAAGGACGAUCAUGAUGAUAUGUUUAGCGGAUCACCUUUGCACAGCCAAAGAAUACAGUUGCCAAAUUUUGAAGUCAGUCAGGAUGAUGAUUUUCUACAUAUGGACAGAGAUCCAACAACUCCAUCUUCAGUAAUUUAUCCCUUGGCAAAAACACCCCAGUGUCAACAUGUCAGCCCUGGUAUGCUGGAAUCUGUAAACAGGAAGGAUUUUGAUAAAUAUGUGUUUCACAUGCAAAAGGAGUCCAAAAAUCAUGGUGGUAUCGUGUGGGGCAAUGUCAAGAAGAAACUGGUUGGAACUGAUUUUACAACUCCAGUAUCUAGAAGAACAUCUCAUUUUAAGAAAGGAAUUAAAUCUGAUAUUGGAAAACUCUUCACUCAGUCUACAAAAUUGAAUUUUGAUGAAGAAGACCAAGAUGAUUAUUUCUCCAAUUCUGAUUCUGCAGAGUAA